CUUUGUCUUGAUCUAAUGUCUGAAUAGCUCCGAGAUGUCUGAAGUAGCCGACAUAGAUUGGGACAGCAUAGGUUUCGGUAUUCAACCAACCGAUUACAUGUAUAUCAUGAAGUGUGGCCGCGACGGGAAUUUCUCUAAGGGCGAGUUGCAGCGUUUUGGGAACAUUGAGCUGAGCCCGUCAGCCGGUGUUCUCAAUUAUGGUCAGGGAUUGUUUGAAGGGCUAAAAGCCUACAGAACACAGGAGGGGAGCAUUCUCCUGUUCCGUCCUGAGGAGAAUGCUAUCCGCAUGAGAAUGGGGGCUGAGAGAAUGUGCAUGCCUGCCCCAAAUGUCGAACAGUUUGUGGAAGCUGUGAAGAAGACCGUGCUAGCAAACAAACGAUGGGUUCCUCCUCCAGGUAAAGGUUCCUUAUACAUCCGGCCAUUGCUAAUGGGAAGUGGAGCUGUUCUUGGUCUUGCCCCAGCUCCUGAAUACACUUUUCUUGUUUAUGUUUCACCAGUGGGAAACUAUUUCAAGGAAGGGGUGGCACCAAUCAACUUGAUUGUGGAACAUGAAUUUCACCGUGCCACUCCAGGUGGUACUGGGGGUGUCAAAACGAUAGGCAAUUAUGCUGCAGUUCUGAAGGCACAGUCAAUUGCGAAAGCCAAAGGAUAUUCCGAUGUUUUAUAUCUUGAUUGUGUUCACAAAAGAUAUCUUGAGGAGGUUUCCUCUUGCAAUAUUUUCGUCGUGAAGGAUAAUGUGAUAUGCACUCCUGAAAUAAAAGGAACCAUCCUGCCUGGAAUCACCCGGAAAAGUAUAAUCGAUGUGGCUCGAAGCCAAGGGUUUCAGGUUGAGGAACGGGGAGUGACA